UCGCCACACAUCGACGAUCAUCGUCUUAGCAAAUACCAAAUAUUUUCUCUCUGCUUUCUGUUUGGUUCUCGAUAAAGUUUUGAAACAAUGGAGUUGGAUCUUUCACCGAAAUUGGCGAAGAAGAUGUACGGAGGAGAGGGCGGAUCGUACUUCUCGUGGUGCCCGGAGGAGCUUCCGAUGCUCCGUGAGGGCAACAUUGGCGCCGCCAAGCUCGAUCUCGAGAAGUACGGAUUCGCUCUUCCUCGUUACUCCGAUUCCUCCAAAGUCGCUUAUGUUCUUCAAGGUGCGGGGACAGCGGGGAUAGUCCUGCCUGAGAAGGAGGAAAAAGUGAUCGCCAUCAAGAAGGGAGAUGCCAUUGCUCUUCCCUUUGGCGUGGUCACAUGGUGGUUCAACAGCGAAGACACUGAUCUAGUCGUGCUCUUCCUCGGAGAGACCCACAAGGGCCACAAAGCUGGACAGUUCACCGACUUCUACCUCACCGGAUCUAAUGGCAUCUUCACUGGCUUCUCUCCUGAGUUCGUUGGCAGGGCCUGGGACCUUGACGAGAACACUGUCAAGACCCUCGUUGGCUCUCAGACCGGUAAGGGCAUUGUGAAGCUUGACGCUGGGUUCAAGAUGCCACAGCCCAAGGACGAAGACCGUAAUGGCUUUGUCUUGAACUGCUUGGAGGCACCUCUUGAUGUGGACAUCAAGAACGGAGGCAGGGUCGUGGUCUUGAACACGAAGAACCUCCCAUUGGUCGGCGAGGUUGGGUUUGGAGCUGAUCUUGUCCAGAUUGACGGUCACUCCAUGUGUUCUCCUGGCUUCUCCUGUGACUCAGCCCUUCAGGUCACGUACAUUGUGGGUGGUAGCGGUCGUGUCCAGGUCGUCGGGGCCGAUGGCAAGAGGGUCCUCGAGACACAUGUAAAGGCUGGCGCUUUGUUCAUUGUCCCGAGGUUCUUCGUUGUUUCGAAGAUCGCUGAUUCUGAUGGCAUGUCCUGGUUCUCCAUUGUCACCACCCCCGACCCGAUAUUCACCCACUUGGCAGGAAGGACAUCAGUGUGGAAGGCGUUGUCGCCGGAGGUUUUGCAGGCGGCGUUCAAGGUGGCGCCGGAAGUUGAGAAUGCGUUCCGUUCCAAGAGAACCUCCGAUGCCAUUUUCUUCCCUCCCAACUAAAACAAGAAGAGGAAGAAGAAGAAGAAGAAGCACACGGCCUGUUUUUUUUUAAUCUUUUGUUUUUUAUUUUUAGAUUAAGAGCAUUAAAGGAUUUGUUUUUUUUUUUUGUGAAUUUUCGUGUUUUUCCAUACAUGGUUUUUUGUGGGCCGGUGCUUGUUCCUUACUGCGUUGGAUACAAAUAAAUAAGAUAGUUUUUGUUUAGAAUUGGAAGAUCUUUUGGA